CCUGGCACAUGCAGAGUGCACAUGCAGUAGGGCUUUACUGCACACGUCCCACGGUCGAAUAAGCGCGUCUAGCUCACCGUGGCAUUAGACACCGGCCAAUGAAAAUGCACGAGAGAAUGAGGGAGGGAGACAAGCAGAGGAGUUCAAGGGAUAGCCUACCUAAAGUGAAUGCGUUAACCGGCUGUCAUAGAGAUAACAGAAGUUGAAGGGGUAUUCAAGUCAGUCACUUCCUAAUAGUGGUCAGGGUGAGUGUGUGUUUUUGCUCAGUUCAGCCUCCGAGGACCUUGGAUGCCAAAGCACCGAACGGUCGUUCUUCAUAUGCAGUAGACUACAUCUACUACAUCACCUCAACGCGAAUCCUACAGAAUUUCAUAGUUGACAAAGAGCAGACGCGGCACAGGUGGCUUCACCUGAGACACGACUUUGAACUCACAGUUUCUGCUAUUCACGGAGACGUUUUUCUAUAUCAGCGAUCUGCCGCGCCUAACUCAUGCCCUGUGCACAAAGCUGUUUCAGACUUUUUUUUGGAAGGCGUUUCAUGCACAUCUAUUUAAUGACAUUCUCACCUGUUUCAAGUAAACUUCAUUGCAUGCCAUUUGCGACAAAUAGACUGCUCUUUUGAAAUCAGCAACCGUAUAAAGAACUUUAUAUAUCCGAGGCACAAGAUGGAUAACAGUCCUGGGAGUGUGAUCCUUUACGCCGGCUCCUCUGGCAGCUCCAGCCCCAGCCCUGGCAGCCCUUCCAGUGGAUACCAGACCCAGUCUCCCUCAUCCCACUCCCAGCCCUCAUCCCCAGACGAGGUCACCUUCACCGAGAUUGGGGCCUUGAAGCAGCGGGGUUUGAAUGGGGGCCCUCCACUCUCUCCCAAGCUGGUCUUCCAGUUCCCAGAGAUCUACAACAAUGCCCCCAGCUCGGCUCCUGCUCAGAACACCUACUCCCACCCAAUUGCUAGCAAGAGGUCAUGCACCUUCACUGGGACUUUCACGAAGACCGGAGGAAUGGUGCUGCUCUGUAAAGUGUGUGGUGACAUUGCCUCAGGGUUCCACUAUGGCGUGCACGCUUGCGAGGGCUGCAAGGGUUUUUUCCGUCGCAGCAUUCAACAGAACAUCAACUACAAGAUGUGUGUGAAGAACGAGAAGUGCCUGAUCAUGCGCAUGAACCGUAACCGGUGUCAGCACUGCCGCUUCAAGAAAUGCCUUGGUGUGGGCAUGUCUCGAGAUGCGGUGCGUUUUGGACGUAUCCCAAAGAGAGAGAAACAGAGGCUGCUGGACGAGAUGCAGAGCUACAUGAACAGCCUGAACGAGUCCGCCUCCAUGGACGUGGAGCCCUCCACAGCGCAGGAGGCGCCACUCAGCCCUGCAGAGAGCCAGUCCAAGGAGGCCAUCGGCGCCAUCUCCCGCGCCUACCAGGACAUCUUUGUGAGCACUCAGGACCGGUUGAACAAGCGCGUGGAGCUGGGCAGCACCAACAGCACCCCAGCCUACUUCCAGAACAACCCAGUACCUCAGGACGCCAACCACCAUGGCCAUGCCAACUCAGCUCCCGCAUUCCAUUCCACCGCCUCAGUAGGGUACGUCGUCCCGGCUGCCCGCUGUCCUGUCGCUCCCAGUGACAAGAACUGCCCCUUCUCCUCCUCCAUGGACAACAGUGGCUACAGCUACUCAACUCCAUCCAAUCAGAAUCGCUGCCCGUCCAAUGUGGAGCCACACAAACAAGCCAGUGCAACCAAUCCGCACCAUUAUAACCACUCCUCGGCACAGCCCCAAGUACAAGGGAACACUUGUCCCUGGAAGCUAGCCACUGGCUCUAAAGUGUUGGCCUGUCCCCUGAACGCAUGCCCCAUGUCUGCUCCAGGCACUUCUAGUCAAGAGGUUUGGGAGUCCUUCUCACAGUGCUUCACUCCAGCUGUGCGUGAGGUGGUGGAAUUUGCCAAGGGGAUCCCUGGCUUCAAGGACCUCUGUCAGCACGACCAGGUCAUGCUACUCAAGUCAGGCACCUUCCAGGUGCUCAUGGUAAGGUUCUGCUCCCUGUUCAACCCAAAGGACAGGACAGUGACUUUCCUGAAUGGGAAGACAUACCCUCUGGCCACCGUGCGGGCACUUGGCAUGGGCUCCCUUCUUGACGCCAUGUUUGAGUUCAGCGAGAAGCUGGGAGCUCUGGGCCUGGAGGCUGAUGAGAUGGCUCUCUUCAUGGCUGUGGUGCUGGUCUCAGCAGACCGCUCAGGCAUCCAGGAUAUCAGCUCUCUGGAGCAGCUUCAGGAGGGUCUCAUUCGUGCGCUGCGGUCCCUGGUGACUCGGCGUCGCCCUGACGACAGUGCCGUCUUCCCCAAGCUGCUGCUGCGCCUGCCCGACCUGCGCACCCUCAACAACCUGCACUCCGACAAGCUGCUGGCCUUUCGCAUUGACCCAUGAGUCCACUCAGAGGGGCUGAGGACAAGGUGCCUGGGCAGCUCAGCACUUCUCCAGGGGCAGGACUUCCCUGGUGUGGAGGGAGAACGGUGUUUUCCUUGAAGAUAGGGUGGCAAGAAUGAUUGUGCUCCCCUAAGCACAUGUCUGAGAAGCAUGGAGAAAUCGGUCAACAAGAAGGAGGACAGGAAAAACAGCGACUGCAUUGCUGUCCCAGCUGGUUUGAGACAUGUGUGUAGAUCGCACAUAGAGACAUCUGUAUUUUCAAGGCUUCUUCAGAUAUCGUUAAUCCUUUAGGGCAUUGCCCUUAUGACUCGCCAUUGCACCCUCCAACAAACAAAUCACCUCAAGCUCUCUUUAAGGGGGCUGAUGUUGAAAACAUUGGGAAGGGAUGAACAUUUCCAUGCUAUCACUCCUUAGCUUAAGUCUUCUCAAAUCCUCUACUGACAAUUUGGAGGGUACCACACUCCCGCCAAGAGACUUUAAAAGACCAAAAAAAAAGAAUGCAGUCAUCAUCCUUUCCAACCUAUUCCUAAUGCCACAUGUCUAUCUAAUGCACUAACACUUUCUGUAGGAAAAGAGCACAGUUAUGAAACAUAGGGACCAUUCAUGGUGCGUGUGUCUUUGUGCUUAUAUUUUAAGAGAAAGGGAACCUUGUACAUAAGAGACUUUAAAAAUGAUAAGAUACACUAUGAUCACAUCACACCAUGCUCCUGUGUCAUACAUUAACACUGUUGUGCUAAUGUUAAAUUGCACACUUUUACAUACACUGAAGAGCACACAAUGUCAACAACAUUUAAUUUUUGUGCAAAACACAAUGUAAAGUGUUUUAGAGCCAUUUUUUGCUGGGAAUGAAAUAUGCCAACGUUUUUCAUGUGUUCACUCAAGUCUCAGCACAUAAGAGAUUUCUCCUUAUUACUCCUGUAAUGCACCUGGCCCUUUAAAGAACAAACCAGCAAACAUUGUAUCUGUCUUGUGCAUGUAAAAUUAUAUAGAAUAUUUUUGGUGGGGAAAAGAUCUUUUAACUUGUGUUUCAACCUUCAAAUCUAAACAAAAGAUAUGAGAUGCCAAGAUUUCAGUGACAAACAGUGUUCCUUUUGGAAUAGGCAUUGUUUGUGGAUAAGGAAACAAUCAUAUUUAAAGUACAAAAGUUUGAGCACAUCUGCUUUAAGCAUUGUCCUUCAUGAAUGUCUACGCUUCAUACAGAACCUUAAUUCAUUCCGUUUUUACUGGAAAGUCUUAGAUGGAUUGGUUGAUAAUCUUCACACAAUUAGUGGCUUUCCCAACCCAGAGAAUAUCUACAAAAUUUACAUAGAAGAGUGUUCUAACACUUUGUCAUAUCACAAUGAUCACAUUUACCAUCUUGACACUUCAAACACUGAACUAUGCAAUUCAUGUAUUUUUUGUUUUAGAUGAUUAUCGUGUAAAGCAUAGAACACCAUAGAAAACAUGUCAAGCAGAGUGCUCAAGCUUUUGUCUGGCAGGCUAUUGAAUGUGCAAUGAUCCUUCUUGUGUGAAGGAAACCUUUCACAUCAUCAGAUGACAAGGUUCUCCAACUUUAUAACUCACAGAAACACCAGCACUUUCGUUGCCUCCUCCACGAUACUGAAAUAUAUGAGAUAAGGCAAGGGGCUGAAGAGAGGAGAGAGAAUGAUCAAAUCAAACCUGAUCAGUCAUGACCAGCUUUUUUGCUGUUUUGAUUAUUGUUAUUUGAUCCUAUUGUACAUUUUGUAAAUUGUUGUCCUUCCAUAGAAACCAUAUAAAGAUGAAAUUUUAUCUUA